AUGGCAUCCCUAGACAAAGAAGCCAAUAGGGAUAAUCAUGAAGUGACAGACCUCAAGAGGACUGAGCUCCUCGAGAUCGACGCCACCCGCGACCUCACCGUCGAAGAGCACAACCUCGGCUUCCGUGAAGCCGCUCGCCAAUAUCCAUGGGCCGUCUUCUGGGCUCUCUUCUUCGGCAUCGCCGUUAUCAUGGCGGGUUUUGACGCCCAAAUCAUCACUUCCUUCUACGCCCUACCUGCAUUCCAAACAAAGUAUGGCGAGAAGGUCCAUGGUGGCGAUGGCUACGAAGUUCCUGCGCCGUGGCAGACAGCUCUGGGAAUGGGUAAUCCGAUCGGUCAGAUUCUUGGAGCACUUGCCAGUGGCUACCCCCUCGAGAUGUUUGGUCGAAAGAAAACCUUGGCUUUCUGCUGCGUCUGGUCCAUUGCCCUGGUGUUUGUCCAGUUCUUCUCUACAAGCAUCGGCAUGCUCUGCGCUGGCGAAAUUCUCGGUGGCUUGGCUUAUGGAUUUUACGUCGUUAUCGCGCCUACUUACGCUUCAGAGGUGUGUCCUCUUGCUUUGAGAGGUUUCCUCACAACUUCCAUCAACAUGGCGUUCGUCAUCGGCCAAUUUAUCGCCCAAGGCUGCGCGGCUGGUGUAGAAACCCGUAUGGACGAGUGGGCGUACAAGAUCCCUUUUGCAAUCCAAUGGGUCUGGCCCGCAAUUCUUCUCGCUGGUCUUCCCUUCGCCCCUGAAAGUCCGUACUGGCUGGUUCGCAAGGGCCGACGUGAGGCAGCUCGUUCCGCGCUCUUGGGUCUGUCCUCAAGCACCAACAGACCGGAUAUCGACAAGGCUCUUACGGGAAUUGAGCAGACAGAUCUUCUCGAGCAGGAAAUUGAGUCGUCGACAUCGUGGAUGGAGUGCUUCAAGAGAGCGAAUUUGGUCCGCACUGAGAUCUCAGUUAUGGUGUAUCUUAUUCAGGUCAUUGGUGGAAAUCCGCUUAUUGGAUAUGCGACAUACUUCUUCCAAAAGGCCGGACUGGAUCCUUCGGAUGCUUUCAACAUGGGUGUUGGUAACACCGCUUUGGGUUUCACUGGUACGGUUCUCUCAUGGUUCCUACUGAACUGGUUCAAACUUGGUAGACGCACGAUCUACAAUGCGGGUAUGACAGUCAUGACGAUCCUCCUCUUCAUCAUCGGAUUCAUCAGCAUCUCCAGCACCACCAGCGCUGCUAUCUGGGCUACUGCUACGCUGAUGGAUAUCUGGACAUUUGUGUACCAAAUGACAGUCGGACCUAUCUGUUUUGUCAUCAUCUCCGAGAUCUCAGCCACACGUCUUCGAGAAAAGACAAUUGCCGUAGCUACAGCAGUGCAGGCUGCCGCUUCAGUCGUGUUUACAAUCGUCAUGCCUCUGAUGCUCAAUACUGAUGAGGCUAACUGGGGUAGCAAGACGGCUUUCCUCUUUGGUGGAAUUAGUCUUGUGUGUCUUGUCUGGUGUUACUUUCGGCUUCCUGAGAGUCAGGGCCGUACUUUCGAGGAGCUGGAUAUUCUUUUCCAGAGGCGUGUUCCUGCAAGACAGUUUAAGCAUUUCGAUCUACUUAACGGGGUGGAUAACACUAUGCUUGCUCUGUCUUCAACAUCAAAAACUGCGGAACAUAAGGAUAUUGUCGAAUCAACAGCAGCAAUAAUAUUUCUUGGGACGCCUCAUCGAGGAAGCCCCGAACUCUCGGCAAUAGGGGAGUGGGCGCGGUCUAUACUCAGUACUCUACAGUUCCAGACUGCCAAGGCAAUGCUAGACACUCUGGGUCUCAAGACAACUGAUCUACAACGCGCCCACGAGGCGUUCUGUAGAAUUUGGCAGGAUUAUGACUUUCAGGUCAAGACCUUUCAGGAAAGCCUUGGGCUUACCGGGAUCGAUUUGGGUGUAUUGGGAAACAAAGUCGUCCCUCAUGAGUCUUCUCUAAUUGGAGAUCCAAGAGAGGAGGCAGAGACUUUACAGGCCAAUCACCUACAGAUGUCUCGCUUUAGCGGUGCUCAAGAUCCCAAUUACAUCAAAGUUUCAGGUGAGCUUCGAAGAUUCUACAGCGCAAUCGAAAAUGCCCCAGUCAACGGCAGCGCAGGGAGAACAAAAUUAAGCAGCGGGGUAUCCAACAUCGGAAGCACUCCGUAUAUUCCAAUGGAUAAGAAAGACUUGGACGUCUUCCUUGGAAUGCUGCAGUUCGAUGGGGUAAACACUCGACGAGAGUCUAUCUUGCCUCCCUCAGCGAAUACUACAGAAUGGCUGUUCCAAAAUCCGACGUAUAACAGAUGGUGUAUGAGUUCCAAGGCAGCCGAUCGCCUCUUGUUCGUUAAAGGAAAACCAGGGGCCGGCAAGUCCACAUUAAUGAAGAAUGCAGCACGACAUACACAGGCUAAGACCGCUUCUGACAAUCGUGGUAUCUGCGCUAGCUUCUUCGUUGAUGCUGGAGGACUUUCAUUGCAACAUUCGCCAAAAGGAAUAUACCAGUCUUUGCUAUGUCAACUAUUGCCGCUCGAAAAGAUAUGGACAGCUUCCCCUGACUCUCCAGCCCUGAGAUCGUUGAGUGACACCAUUCGGACAGCUCCCGUGCAUCCAUCAGCUAUCUCCACUGAGAAUCAGUUGCAAAUUAUCCUCAUGGACACGAUUCAAGUCCUUUCAUCUACUGGCACGCCUGUCUGGAUUUUUGUGGAUGCGGUCGAUGAGCUAGGUCCGAUGCAGCGUCAGCAAGUUGAGUUUUGGAGAGUGAUAGUCCUGUCUGAUAAGUUCAAGACCCUGAGGGUAUGCCUCUCUUGUAGGCACUUUCCCAACAUCUCUGUGAACGGUUGGCUGGAGUUGGUCUUGGACACUUGCAACAGUCUCGAUAUUCUCAUCUACACCCGAGACCGGCUUGAAGGUCAUAUCUCACAAUCCGAAGCUCAUUGGAGAAAAUGGCUCGAAAGGAAGAUAACUUCCAUGUCAUCGGGAGUCUUUCUAUGGGUGGUAUUAGUACUGGAUGACAUUCUCGCCAAGUAUCAUCAGGGCACCAGUCUACGAAUCCUGUAUCGCCACAUCGAAUUGAUGCCGACAGAACUUGAGGCACUCUACACCAGAAUACUAGGAGAGCUCGCUCCAAGCGAAGGUCAGUUAGCAGAGAGAGUAUUUCAAUGGGUUUUCGGAGCAACUCGGCCUUUAAAGCUCAAUGAGUGGCAUCACAUACUAGCUUUUAUGAGACCGUCAAGACCGCUGUCCCUUCGACAAUGGCGGGAUUCAGAUGAUUUCACAGACAGUGAUGAGCAGCUGGAAAGGGAAAUCAAGACCUUGUCAAAAGGUUUGCUCGAAGUCAGUAACAACAAGCUAUCUGAGGUCUCCAACAGAAAUCUUGCAGAGGACUCUUCUGUCAAUGUAGGUGCCGGAUCCCUAGAUCAGGGACAAGGGUCGUCUCGUGUUGUGAGGGCUAUUCACCAAUCAGUAUACGACUUUUUCAUACAUAACCAAGGCUUUGCGCUAUUUGGCUUGGAUAGUGCCAACCCUCUUACAGAUUGUCAUUGUACAAUCGCAAACACAUGCCUGAACUACAUCCUUAUUCCAGAGCUAGAUGAAUACGUUAUUGCUCGACAACGUAUUAAGACGGCUAGUGUGGCGACAUCCUCGAUACAUUCAUUCACACCCCAACAGCUCCAAAAAAAUGGUACUUUAAAGUUAAACCACGAGACUGAAGAUGCGAUUGAAGUCCUCGAAGGAACUUUGCCACUGGAUUCAGUUACAAUUGUUGAAAGCUGGUUGGCUAGGGGAGAUAUGCCGUCUUACAGAGAAGUUGCACCUUAUCCUACCAGUUAUUGCGCAUCUCAUGAUUCGGUGGAUAUUGCUUCACAGGCCCUCGAAGACGACCCUGCUCUACUUUUAUACUCCAUCACCGAAUUACCUUACCAUAUCGACUUGGCCUAUUCCAAUAGCCCAAACCUAGAUAGCGCUCAGCUUCAAUGGAGGCUCAAUGACGAAGUCUUGGGACAGCGCCUUGUAGCACUUCAACAGGACAACAAGGGUCGCUCGGAACGCGGCGCCACUGGUUCCAAGAACAUAUACGCCGGACCAGUUGGAGAGCCAGCUGAUAGAGGGUCGGAUAUUGAGCCGGUUAAGGGGCGGGACAGAGGAACUUCUAGAGCGACGGCAAGGUCCCAGAAGACCAAGGAGUAUCGCGAGUUUUGGCUCUGCGAGCAGCUAUAG